CGGCGGCGGCGGAGGCUGCCGGGAAGGGCGGGGAGCUGCGGGCCGCCGGCCGUGGCGGCGGCGGACCUACCUCUGGGGACGCGUCGGAGAAGGGGGAACCCCGUACGGCCCCCACCAGCUCCCGGUCGGCGGGCGCUGCGGCAGCCGGGCCCAGCCGAGCCGUCGCCGCCGCCAUGCACGACGCGUUCGAGCAUGUGCCGAUCCUGGAGAAGCUGCCGCUGCAGAUCGACUGCCUGGCGGCCUGGGAAGAGUGGCUCCUUGUUGGUACCAAACAAGGGCAUCUUCUUCUUUACAGGAUCAAGAAAGACCUGGGUUGCAAUAGAUUUGAAGUGACACUAGAGAAAUCCAACAAGAACUUCUCAAAAAAGAUUCAGCAGAUUCAUGUUGUUUCUCAGUUUAAAAUUCUGGUCAGUCUGUUAGUCCCGGCUCUUCUGACUCCAGCAUGCGUAGAUUUCUGCUGCCUGCGUCCUCAAAAUAACAUUUAUGUCCAUGACCUGUUGACAUUUCAACAAAUCACUACAGUUUCCAAGGCAAAAGGUGCAUCUCUCUUCACUUGUGAUCUUCAGCAUUCAGAUACAGGGGAAGAGGUGCUGAGAAUGUGUGUGGCAGUGAGGAAGAAGCUACAACUUUAUUUUUGGAAGGACAGAGAGUUCCAUGAACUACAGGGGGACUUCAGUGUACCUGAUGUACCCAAGUCUAUGGCCUGGUGUGAAAACUCUAUCUGCGUAGGUUUCAAGAGGGACUAUUAUCUGAUACGGGUGGAUGGAAAAGGAUCCAUCAAAGAACUGUUUCCAACAGGGAAGCAGUUGGAACCACUGGUUGCCCCUGUAGCAGAUGGAAAAGUUGCAGUUGGCCAAGAUGAUCUAACUGUUGUGCUCAAUGAAGAAGGGAUCUGUACCCAGAAAUGUGCCUUGAAUUGGACAGAUAUUCCUAUAGCCAUGGAGCACCAGCCUCCCUACAUCAUUGCUGUUCUGCCAAGGUAUGUGGAGAUCCGCACAUUUGAACCCCGACUGCUUGUACAGAGUAUUGAGCUACAGAGACCACGCUUCAUCACCUCUGGAGGGACAAAUAUUAUAUACGUGGCAAGUAAUCACUUUGUUUGGCGACUCAUCCCAGUGUCCAUAGCCACACAGAUCCAGCAACUUCUUCAGGAUAAACAAUUUGAAUUGGCUUUGCAGUUGGCAGAAAUGAAAGAUGAUUCAGAUAGUGAGAAGAGACAACAAAUACACCACAUCAAGAACCUCUUUGCCUUCAACCUCUUCUGUCAGAAGCGCUUUGAUGAAUCCAUGCAAGUUUUCGCCAAACUUGGUACAGAUCCCACUCAUGUGAUGGGUCUGUAUCCUGACCUCCUGCCCACAGAUUACAGGAAACAGCUACAGUAUCCCAACCCCCUGCCAGGGCUCUCUGGGGCAGAGUUGGAGAAGGCACAUUUAGCUCUGAUAGACUACCUAACUCAAAAAAGAAGUCAACUGGUAAAGAAGCUAAAUGAUUCUGACCAUCAAUCCAGUACUUCGCCCCUUAUGGAAGGAACACCAACAAUCAAAUCCAAAAAGAAGCUGCUACAAAUCAUUGAUACCACACUAUUGAAGUGUUACCUCCAUACAAAUGUAGCACUUGUGGCACCAUUGCUACGUCUGGAGAACAAUCACUGCCAUAUUGAGGAGAGUGAGCAUGUACUAAAGAAGGCACACAAAUACAGUGAGCUGAUAAUACUGUAUGAGAAGAAAGGUCUGCAUGAGAAAGCAUUACAGGUACUGGUGGAUCAGUCAAAGAAAGCCAACUCACCUUUGAAGGGUCAUGAGAGGACAGUGCAAUAUCUGCAGCAUUUGGGCACAGAGAACUUGCACUUAGUAUUUUCUUACUCUGUCUGGGUGCUAAGAGAUUUUCCUGAAGAUGGACUGAAGAUAUUUACAGAAGACCUCCCUGAAGUGGAAGCUUUGCCACGAGAUAAAGUGCUCAGUUUCUUGAUAGAAAACUUUAAAAGUUUGGCUAUUCCUUAUCUGGAACACAUCAUUCAUGUCUGGGAAGAAAUUGGUGCAGACUUUCACAACUGUCUGAUCCAGUUGUACUGUGAGAAAGUGCAGGGCUUAAUGAAAGAAUAUCUCAACUCUUUACCUGCAGAUAAAACUCCAGUGCCUGCUGGGGAGGAAGGAGGAGACUUGGGGGAUUACCGGAAAAAACUACUUCUUUUUUUGGAGAAGUCUAGCUGUUAUGAACCUAGUCGACUAAUUAGUGACUUUCCCUUUGAUGGUCUUCUAGAAGAACGUGCUCUGCUCUUGGGUCGUAUGGGGAAGCACGAGCAAGCUCUGUUUAUUUAUGUUCAUAUUUUGAAGGACACCAACAUGGCUGAAGACUACUGCCAUAAACAUUAUGACAGAAACAAAGAUGGCAACAAAGAUGUCUAUCUAUCUCUUCUCCGGAUGUAUCUCUCCCCGCCUAGUGUUCAUUGCUUAGGGCCAAUCAAGAUGGAAGUGCUGGAGCCUCAAGCCAAUCUGCAGGCUGCUCUGCAGGUGUUGGAGCUGCAUCACAGCAAACUGGAUACCACCAAGGCAAUAAACCUUCUACCAGCAAAUACACAGAUUAGUGAGAUUCGAAUCUUCCUAGAGAAAGUCCUUGAAGAAAAUGCGCAAAAGAAGAGAUUCAAUCAAGUACUGAAGAAUCUUCUCCAUGCUGAAUUUCUGAGGGUCCAGGAGGAGCGAAUUUUGCAUCAGCAAGUGAAGUGCAUAAUUACAGAGGAGAAGGUGUGCACUGUAUGUAAAAAGAAGAUAGGCAACAGUGCAUUUGCCCGAUACCCUAAUGCAAUAGUUGUGCAUUAUUUCUGCUCCAAAGAAGUCAACACAUUGGACACCUGACCUUGUCAUGGUCAAUAAUACCAACACUCAUGAAAUUCAGAAGUGACGGCUUAAGAAGUUGAUACUUCUGAGAUUUUUGAGGCUUGUUUCUAGGUUCUCUUACACUGGGUAGAAGUAAUUUGUAUCUAUGGACUGACUGUACCUAUCUGGCUGUAUUGAUUUACUAGAAAUUGACUUUAACCAUGUCAUUAUAGUGCUGGCAACUACAUUGGACCUCUCAGAUGAAGAAUAGAAACUGAUCAGCAGUGAGCUUUGUAAUGCACUCCAACCUUGUGAGUUAUCAGACAGUUGUAGGGUGUUCACAAGUCAAGCUUUACUAUAAAGCUUACCUCCUUACAGUAACAACAUUGUGAUUUGGUCUUGUAUGUAAAUAGUUCUUCAAAAAAAUAAAAUUCCUUUGAAGUCUUUGCAGCUGUAUCAGCAUUGCAUGGAGAUCACCAGGUGUUCAGCAUAGAGAAGGCUUCUGUGCCUAUUUCUCAACCUAGACAGUAAUUUUAUUUUUCAUCCCAGUAAUGGGAAUACUUAAAUGCUGGCCAAAGGAAUGUUUUUAUUGAUAUUCAGUGUUAUCACCUGACCUUCUGACAAACAGAAUUUCCACAACGGGUUGUCAGGCAAAUAGUAGAUACCACUGGUGAGCUGCUUUUUUUUUUUUUUUUUUUUAAACAAACAAACAAACACAAACUUUAGUUUGAGAGCUGUAAAUUUAAUUAACUUUUGUGCUGUUUGCACUGCACUGCAUGGUCACUUGUAGCAUCUCUGGAAGUUCAGAGACUGUUCUGAGUUCACAUCUGCACUCAUACCAAAAAGCAAAGAACACCCUGUAAAACAACUUUUCAAGGGAUUGAACUACAGAUACUGCUUGAGCUUCUAGACUACGCUUGCAAUUUGUGUAUAUAAAGUUCUUCAGUCCCUGGUUCACUUGCCAGCACUGAAGUAAAAUCUAGACUAUUUCAACAUCUCUCUGUUUUAAAUGCAUUAGAACAACUGUGUUCUGCACAGGCUGGUACUGUUCUUAAGUUACACUUGGGCCAGAAGUCUUAACUACAAAAACUGGAUUGUACCAUACUCCUUGUAGGCUGUAAUAUUUUUGUCUAACUUCUUUUUCCGAAAUCUUUAAUCUCUAGCAAGUUGGUACUAGGGAUAUUAAAAUGUUUCGUGCAGAAGUAAUCUGAGCAUCAUUACUGAAAAGGCAGCAGUAGCAAGUAACCCAACUGAGUUGAUCUUUGACUCUAAACAUUCUGGUCUAGCAAUACCUAUAAAUAUGUAAUGAUUAAAUAAUAUGGCGCAUGACAUAACUGUCAGAUACCACCUCUUAAUGAUCAAGUAAUAAAGCCUGUCUGCCUAAGGUGUAACUCGAUCUCAGCUAACUUCAUAGGUUUAGUUAAGCCAUUGUUACAUGGGUGUGUUUUUAGGAACAAAUCUGCUGUAGGCUGGCAAGAGUCCUAAUUGACUUUCAUUUAUCACUGUUAAUAAUUUCCCUUGAUAACUGUUCUUCUGUUUUUCCAUGUGUUUAUAUUUAUUGUUUAUAUGCUGUGCAUUCCUUUGGAUUUCUUGGUCCAGUGUUUUGCUACUUCUGUAUUUGGAUAUCUUGGGCAGUAUUGCUACUGAUGUCUUUCUGUAGAAGCUGAGAAGAGGGGAUGGGUGGUGUUGGUGUUUUUAACCUUGUAUUUCUUCUAUUUGAAGAAGAGAGCCUAAAAAUGCUUAUAUUCAAUUUGCACAUUCUGUAUAGAUCUUUAUAUACUAGUUCAGGUACAGAGGGAGGAUGUUUUGGGAGAGUUGUGUUUACAGAUCAUUGAGAAUGACAGAAGGGUAUUUAUCAAGGCCCUGUAUUCUUUGUAUACAGAUAUAACAAUAUUGCUCUGAUUUUUACCCAUCUUAGGUUUAGUGCUGUUAGUAUGAUUUUUAUUUAUGUGUUAUCUGCUACCAGGAGAGCUGUAUUCACAUAUGAGGAACUUCAUUGUGCUCUUACUUUCACGGUUAAGGUUGUGCCUCUGUUCACCUCUCUUGCAUACCUUUUACAGGGAUGUGGUUUGUGCCGUAAUAUUUUUGUUGGUUCUUGCAAUGUGGUUUGGAUUUACUUAACCAUACAGCAGGUUUGUCUAAAGCAAUAGAUUGUAAUAAAUGUUGUGAACCAGUGUGUUUCAGUCAUUGUGAGGUUAAGUUUUCUGGGCUGCUCUAGAUUGUUUUUUGUAUGUUAGUCCUCGCUUUCUCCUGGAAGUCAGGCUCAAUGGAGGGGCUCCCAGUAUCACUCCUGCUUUAAUAAUGUGUAAUCCAAAUGAGGCCAUGUCAUAUGACAGCUGUUACCACUUCACAACUUUGGUUUUUAGAUCUACAAGUUUAUAAAUUGCUUGUGAAUGUUCUCAAAAUCCUACUAAAACCACUUCUGUAUUCUUUGAAUAAUGUUUUUGAAAGUCUUAUACCAUUAAAUACAUACUUAUUAGAGAAUAC